GGAGAGAGAAUGCGGCAGAGGGAGGACGCAGACUCCGGGAGAGAGAGGAGACAGAGACGGACUCGCACUUCUUUUGUUCUAGUCUUUUCCCCGCUUCCGUCUCUUGUCUUCGCUGUGUCUUUUUAUUAAAUUUUAUUUGUUUUCUAUCACUCCGCUCCCACGGUGUCCCCGCCCCGUCCCGCUGCCCCCCUGCAGCCUUCCCUCUCCUGUCCUACAUCCUGACUUCUUGUCUCCUGCGCUGUCCCUUCACAGUGCAUGUCCCCCUUCGCGAGUUUCCAACCCCACCGGCCGCGUUUUACUUCGGCGGUCAUUCCAUCGCACACCCGCUUGUCACACAUCUGCCCCACAUCUGUCUUGUGGAGAGACGAUGCCGGUGCCGGAGGGGCUCCGGGGUCCGGACGAGCCUCCUCACCCGGGCCUCUGGGGUCCCCUGAGGACGCCUCCUAUCGGCUGCGGGGGCCUGUCGCUGGCUCUGGAGCUUCCGGCUCUCGUACGGCAGCUGCGGGCGGCGUGGAGGGCUCGCAGGGGAGGCCCCCGGGGGCCCGGAGGAAGUCACACCGGCACUUGGGGGGAAUCCGACAAGGAGGAGGUGGAGGAGGUGAGGCGCGACGUGGAGGACAGGAUCGCUCACGUGGAAGCCGGGGGCCGACGGACCAGCGGUCACGCCGACGCCUCGCCGGUCGAGAGACGAGGCUCCUACCCGCUGAUUGACGUCCGGAUCCUCAAAAGCAAAACCAGUGGCCAGCAGGGAGAGGUCGAGUCCGGCAGGAGGCAGAUGAGGCGUCAGCUGAGCUUCCAGAGGUACUGCCACGCCUCCAGGCUGCUCAGGGGUCUGGUGCCCCGCGCCCCCCCGUCCCUGCAUCUACUGGACGACGAUUACCUGGGACAAGCUGCAUACAUGCUAUCAAAAGUGGACACGUGGAACUUUGACAUCUUCCUCUUCGAUCGUCUUACAAAUGGUAACAGCCUGGUGACCCUGAUGUGCCAUCUCUUCAAUGUGUCCGGUCUUGUCCACCACUUCCAGCUGGACAUGGUCAAGCUGCACAGGUUCCUUGGCAUGGUGCAGGAGGACUACCACUCCCAGAAUCCCUAUCACAACGCUGUUCAUGCUGCUGAUGUCACUCAAGCCAUGUACUGCUACCUGCAAGAGCCCAAGCUGUCGGAGCAGUUGAGUCCACUGGACGUGUUUCUGGGUCUGAUGGCGGCAGCGGCCCACGACGUGGACCAUCCCGGAGUCAACCAGCCCUUCCUCAUCAAGACCAGACACCACCUGGCCUCCCUCUACCAGAACACGUCCGUGCUGGAGAGCCACCACUGGAGAUCCACAGUGGGAAUGCUGCGGGAGUCGGGCCUGCUGUCCCACCUGCCCGCUGACACGUCGCAGAACAUAGAACAGCAGCUGGGCUCUCUCAUCCUGGCUACAGACAUCAGCAGGCAGAACGAGUUCCUGUCGACCUUCAGGGAACAUCUGGAGAGCCGGGACCUGGACCUUCAGCUCGCCUCGCACAGGCACUUUAUACUGCAGAUUGCUCUGAAGUGUGCAGACGUUUGUAAUCCAUGUCGGUUUUGGGAGCUGAGCAAACAGUGGAGUGAGAGAGUGUGUGAGGAAUUCUACAGGCAGGGUGACCUGGAGAGAAAGUUCGACAUGGAGAUCAGUCCUCUGUGUAACCAGCAGGCUGACUCUGUCCCAGCUAUUCAGAUAGGGUUCAUCUCCUACAUCGUGGCGCCUCUGUUCGAGGAGUGGCACCGCUUCACCGAGCCCAGCCCGCUCAGCCACACCAUGAUGGGUCACCUGCACCGGAACCAGGCCCGCUGGAGCCGCCUGCUGCGCGCAGACACGCAAACGCAGCCACGCGCCACGGAGCCCCGGCCCGGAGGAGAGGGGGAAGACAUCCGUUAAUCUUCGUCUUCUGGUUUUCUGAGGCGUUUUUUCAUCUUCCCUAAUGAUAAACGGAGGAGAGGAGUUUCACCUCCAGCGUGUUUUCCUCUCACUGCUGGUUGUUCACAGGCUCUGAAAGUCCGGAUGGGAGUCCGGCUUCAAUUGGUGAGGAAACCGCUCCCUCCGCUUGAGUGGACGUCAGCCCUGCACUGGGGGGAGGAGAUGGCGAGAGCCUGAGGUUUGGGCAGUGGGUAGACUUCCCAGUGAAGUCGUUGCGCUUUACCCGAGAAAUGCAGGAAUCGAUGUUGACGUCUAAUGACAGACGGAGAUCGAUGACGUAUUAAGGCCUUUGCACUGCGUUGCAAGAGUGAUAAGGACGCAAUGAUUUACAAGUCAGCUGAACUGGGCUAGAAAAGAUGAUUUAAAAACACUUAAAAGAAAAGGUAAUACAGCUACUAUACCAUGAUGUUCCAUCCUUCAGACAAUACGUACUUUAUUAAGCUCACCUUUUCUCUUUUUGUACAGCUGCCACUGACACCUGUUUUCACUGAACUAAGUCAGGGUACUGUACACCAUACAAAGUAUUGUGUUUCUUUCUGUGUAAACUGUGAGACUGACGAUACGAGUCUCUGAGCGGCUCGUUGUCGACUGUCAGCUGAAGGUUUUUGGACCCAAACGGGAACCGGAGCCAUUUUCCAAAGCGUCCGUGUGCCGUUAUUGACGUUGUGACCUUUGUAGCACAUUUUCUUCUCUGUGAACCUGACUUUACACAAUACAAGCCUUAACAGCAACUUGGUCUGUCUGUGAAACCACAUUUGUAUCAGUGAUUUACUGAUUUUCUGGACACGCUUUCCUACACUUACAGCUGUUUCUUUCUCUUGCUUCAGCCACCAGCAUAUUGACAUCCUCUCUCUGUAGCCACUUACUUCCUGUUCCUUCAGGCUCCGAUUGUCUGUUGAGCGUUUCCAAGAGGUCCAGGUCCUGUUCUCAUUGACUUUCUUUUAUAUUAUGUUUAUUUCUUUGUUUUUACAUCUUCCACGGGGACUGUGUGCACUGUGUCCUUAUGUCGAGGUCAAUUAGUAGUUAUAUCUUUAAUAUUUGAUUCAAAAUACGCUUCAGUGGGUCAAUUGACAUUCAUUUGAUGUACAUACUAUAGAAUGAAUCCUAAAAUAUAUUACCUGAGUGUUGAAACUGAACUAAAGCAGAGGAAUUCUUUUUGAGUGUUUAUUUAAUUACGUAAUAACAUUUUUGUCUCACAAAAUCAGGGAAUCUACUGUGAUUUAAAAAAAGAAUACUACAGUACAUCAGCUUGUGUGAUAAGAUUGGCCACAAAGAGAAAUAUACCAAUAUGUUUGUAAACUAUAAAGCUCAAUUAUACCUGUGCAUCGAAGUAUUCAUAUUAUUUGUAGUAAUAUGAUAGUAAUAGUAUUCAAAAAUAACCAGUGUUCAGUCAACUAAUCCUGUCAUGCAGUUCUAUCCUAUAAUAUAAUCUUCCUAUUUACUUAUUGUGGGGUCAGUUGCCUGAUGAUUUCAAACUUUUCGUCCCGGUGCCAAAUACUCAACAAUCCUUUUCUUUUUCAGCCGUUGUGGUUUGAGUGCAUCUACUUUUACUCUUGGGUUCUCCCCAUUUACCUUUGCAUUGGAUGUGUACAGAUAGGCACAGUAAAUCUUAGCCACAAAGUUGACCUAUAACUAUUUUAUAAUUAUCACAUGUUUGCCAGCUGACUUUUUGACAUUACAAUUCUGUUCUGACGACAAACCUCCGAGCAAUAAAACAAAUGUUUUCUCUUC